AUGCUUUACGAUUUAAUACAGUUGCUAAAUAUUUACAGCUCUAUCUUAGCUUGGAAAGUAGAAUAUAUACCCUAAGAGACAAAUCUAAAUAUCAUUGCAAUCGGUUUGCCUUAGUUAUGGCCUGGAUUAGUAGAUAUUACAUGGAAAAAUGUAGAUGAUGAAAUAGAUUUAGCAUUUCAAACAGAUGAAGAGAGCCUGAAUCUCCAGUAUAAUCUUGAUCCUGAAAAUAUUGUUUAUCAGAGCUUUUCAAGAGAUAAUCUAGUUAUAUACUACGAUAGAAAUCAUUAUAACUUGAAUGACUUUUUCAGGUUAGUUGAACCAUUAGUACAGCACUUAUUUGAUUCAAAUUAUUCCAUUAGGUUCUAUUAUGCAACUCCCAAAUUCAAAGAUAUCAGUCUAUUUGAGUUGAUUAAUACCUACUGGUUUAUCAAGCCCAAAGAUGUUACAUUUAGUGGAUCAAUUACAAGCAUGAAUGAAAAAUCAUUCCCAAAACUUAUUAACAAAUUUUUAGAAUGGAGAACUGAUAAUAAGACUUUAGACCAUUACAAGUAACCCAGUUUAAUAUACAGAAACUUUAGAAAUGAAUACUUUGAAGAAAAUUUUCCUCCAUAGAUGUUUGAUUAUCUUGUAGUAAUGUAUUCAGAUGAUGAUUUAGCAUCCAAGGAACAUCUUGAAUUUUUUAACAUAUUGGCUGAUAGGGUUAAUAACACAGGGGUUAUUGUUGGAGGAUGCGACCUUACUUCCUCAUUAUUCUGGGGAAUAUGGCCCUAUUCUCUUCCAUUUGUUAGAUUUUACAGCAAGAAAUUUGAUGGAAAUUUUGAAUACUAUUAUGAAUAACAAGAAAUGGGAACAUAUCUAUAGUUUUUAAAAGAUAAGUCACCAAAUUACUAGCAAUUUAUUUAGUACAUUGUCGAUGAAAGACUCUAAGGUGAAAAUCUCGAAAAGUACUAUUGGAAGAGACACUGCGAAAAUAGGGAUAAUAACACAAGACUUCUAAUUGAAUGGCUAUUAUAUGAAAUUGUUGAUUAUGAUUCAAUAGUUGACUUAUACUUACAAGAAGAUAAGUAUAAAAAUCUCCCAGGCUAUGAAAUUCAUAUAAUGGGACACUACAAAGAAGAGAUGUAUGAUCAGCCGUACUUUUAACCGAUUGAGCUUGAUACACAUUAGAGAUUAAAAAUUGUCAUGGUAGGUUAGCCUCAAUAUUCUGAUUCUAGAAAGGGAACAAGAUUCCUAAUGAAAGAGGAGUUUAUGGUUUUAGGAAAGUCAUCUUAUAGAAGUUUUCCAGUUAUCACCUAAUGGGAAUAUGAAACUGAUGAUACAAUCAGGUCUCUAGAUAGAGAUUGGUUUGAAUUAGCUAAAAAUUGGGCCGGAUGGUUGCACAAUUCAAGAAACCCUUCUGUUGAACUUAGAAAUUUGACUGUUCCAAGAAUCCUAUUUGCUCACUCAGAUUUAAUGCUAAAAGAAGUCAAUGAUUAGUUCCCUAAUGGAUUUGAAUCAUUUGAAAAGGAUAGAUAUGACAUUGCUAUGUCUUAGCUAGGAAAUGAAACUUGGCAUGAAGAUUGCAAGAAUUGGACUCUAGGAGUAUAGCUCUAUGAUUAGUUAGCCGCAACUGGAAAGUAUAAGAUGUUGCUAAUUGGGAGAGAACUCCCACCAAGUUGGGUUGGAAAAGUUGAUAGAGUAGAUAUGCUACCUCAAAAUGAAUUCUUUGACACUCUAGCUAGGACUGACAUUUUGCUAGUACCAAGUAUGUCUGAUGCUUCUCCUAGAAUUAUUACAUAAGGAUUGACUGUCGAUACAGCAAUUGUCGUUAAUAUCCAUAUUGCUGGAGGUUGGAAAUAUGUUAACGAAUAGACAGGGGCUUUUAUUGAAGACCCAAAUGAUAUUGAAAAGGUUAUUGAUGAUGUUAAAAGAAGAAGAAAGGAAGGAAUAUUAAGACCAAGAUAAUGGUUUUUAGAAUUUUCAACAUAUCAACCUCAAAGGAUUUAGGUUUAUAUUCAGUUAAUGUGGUUUAAAUUUGGAUUUAAUACAGAUAUAAAUGGAUUUGAACCUGAAUUUGAUAGAUUACAUUGUUUCGCUUGUACUGGAUGA